AUGGGCGAUACCGAGCCGACAAUCAAAAAGCCGUUGUGCAUGUCUACAUCAGUGCGGGGCAAGAUUCUGUCCAAAAAAAACCAGGAUCUUCCGCGUAUCAAUCUGGAUGCCGCCAACACGGUUGCGGGCACUCCUAGCAACACCACGUGCACAGCAGAUUCUCAAAACACGUUUUCGGACUCUGAUGGUGCUGCGAGGCCUCGUUUGAGUGCUUUGCCGCAGUUCAUGGAGGAACUGCCCCACCCAGAGGUUCCAGAGCCGCGCAGUAAGAGACGACGGGGUAGCGCAGAUAGUCCGGAGGGGUAUUCCGCUAAAACGGCGUGUUUGCUGAUUGCUCAAUCGUAUGCUUUGGGCUAUUUGAGUGCCGAGAAGCGGGCGUUUGAGCGGGAAGUGGGCAGAUUGACCAAAUUCCGCAACUACUUGCUGCAUGCGCCCAGCGACUGCCAGGCGACUGCGCCCAGUCGCAGCAGUCCUCGUAAUUCAAACAGAUCCAAGAACAUGACGGCCCCAGAGUGUCCUCCUGAGAGCGUUUUGGAGUCGCUGGUGAGUGAUUUUGCUGACAAAAUCUUUUCAGAAAUGAGCCAAGUUCAAAGUCCAUCAAUGGCGCGAGGCGAUGUUGCGCGGCUGUUAGAGCUGGUCUCUGAGGCGCAGGUCCCUGUCCCUUCUGCUAGUCUGGGUAAUUUUUUCAGAUCGGUCUACGACAAGUUCGGUGCACAGACGUCCAGUACUUUUUCUUUGUCGAGCAAUAAGCCUGCUCCCGGAUCAGAAGAAAUCGUUGAAAAACGGUAUACGGCAGCUAGUGAUGCACCUGCGAUGCCUGUAUGUGAUGGUUUGAAUGGAGGUACUGACAGCGAGGAAGAACCCAGUGACAGUUACGAAGGCGGCAGUGACGAUGGCAGCGCCAGUGGCAGCGCCAGUGACAAUGAAAGUGACAGCGCCAGUGGCAGUGAAGGCGCAAGUGACGACAGCGACGCUAGUGCGAACGAUUAUGAUCAAGAGGACGAACAAGUCGUCAACGCGGACUUUGACUUUUUCGACCUGAGCAGCGACGACUUCUUAUCAAUCAAAAACCUGCUACGAAGCUUGCUGGAGUCUGACCACCUGUCGUUUGAUCUGUCCCAGCUCACCGACUAUGUCAUCGAGAACUCUACGGGCAUCACUGUCAAAAGCGAAGGCAGCGAAGGCGAUCCUCUGGGACUUCUGGCCAUAGUUGAUCUGAGCGACGACGCAGAGAUACCCAAAAAACUGAAACGGUGGUUGGUUGAGCGGACUGAAACAAGCAGCCCUGCAAUGAGCCGGGACAUUCGCAAGUCCACGUCUUCCCAGACGCCCGACAAAGUGGCCUUGAUUCUUCAAGAACGUCUCCUCAAUCUGCCAUUUGAUCUCCUCCCUUACUUUUACCAGCUCACCCUCGAGGAGCUGAAACAAAAAGGACACAACUUUACCAAAUACAUUGUGCUUUCCCGCGUGUACAGUCUCGAACCCACAUCAAGCGACAGCGAGCCGCCGGCCAAGAAAACUAAACAGUCUCCACGCUACGAGUAUUUCCAUGCCGAGGACGUCGAGCUGCAAGACAUUGCAGACAGCCACUGCUUUUUUCCCUACGAAAACAAGCCCGUGGACCCCGAAUCAAGAGGCACCCAAGAAAACGAAGGCCUGUUUCCUGCCGGCCAUGCCCUGCUGCUGUCAGCUGAUGCAGUAGGCAAUGUAGCCCCGAAACUGUCCCAAUGGGUCGCUGAAAUCAACUCCACCUACUCGGCUGUAAACUAG